AUGCGGGUGCGGGUGCCCGCCCGCAUGGCCACGAGCGUGCGGGCGCUGGAGCCGAGCGGGGCGGAUGGGCACCGGCGUCGGGUGACGACCGGGGCCGCGACGAGGCCGGCCGGGAACGGCACCGGCGAGGCCAGCCCAGCGGCGGCCUGCAGCAGAGGACGACGGAGGGGUCGCGCGAGGGGGCGGUGGAGGCGGCUGCGGCCGGAGACGAGACCACGGCAGGGAAGGGAGCCAAGGCGGGUGCCGGCGGCUGCAGCAGAGGCGGGGAGCAGGGGCAGCCCCGGACGGCGGCGGCCCUGGCGGGUGCGGCCAGGCGUCGCGGGAUGGAGGCGGUGGUGGACGGGCGGCGGUAGGGGCUGGGCGCGGCCGGUGCUUGGUCGCGGGAGGCCAAGGCCGGCGCGGGCGGUGCACGACGGGGGGAUGGGGUUGCGGGAGUGCGAGCUCGCGCGCAGCCACGGGCGCGAGUGGCACAGAGGCCAUACAGGGGUGCGGGCGAUGCGGGUGCGGGUGCCCGCCCGCAUGGCCACGGGCGUGCGGGCGCUGGAGCCAAGCGGGGCGGAUGGGCACCGGCGUCGGGUGACGACCGGGGUCGCGACGAGGCCGGCCGGGAACGGCACCGGCGAGGCCAGCCCAGCGGCGGCCUGCAGCAGAGGACGACGGGGGGGGUCGCGCGAGGGGGCGGUGGAGGCGGCUGCGGCCGGAGACGAGACCACGGCAGGGAAGGGAGCCAAGGCGGGUGCCGGCGGCUGCAGCAGAGGCGGGGAGCAGGGGCGGCCCCGGACGGCGGCGGCCCUGGCGGGUGCGGCCAGGCGUCGCGGGAUGGAGGCGGUGGUGGCCGGGCCGCGGUAG